AUGCAAUCAUCGGAAGAAGAUAACAAUUUUGUAUGUGUCAAAGAGGAGCCAGACGUCACAAAUUUUGUAUGUGUCAAAGAGGAGCCAGACGUCACAAUACAUUUCAUGCAGUCAUUGGAAGGAGAUAACAAUGCGUUAUGUGUCCAGGAGGAGCCAGACGUCACAAUACAAAUCAUGCCGUCAUCAGGAGAAGAUCCCCUUGUGUUGUGUGUCAAUGAGACGCCCCACAUCACAAGCCAACUCCUUGAGUCAUCAGGAGAUAACAUUAUGCAAACAGCAAAGAACAAGGCAAAACCUCACCAGUGUCCGGAGUGUGAGAAAAAAUUCAGUAAACUUGGAACUAUGAAGAGACACUUGCUGGUUCAUACAGGUGUUAAAUCUAACAAGUGCCCCGAUUAUUGGAAAAUGGAGGAUAAUCCUAAACUGCAAGAUAGUUUGUCUAAAUUUUGUGAUAGGCCUAAACUUCGUGAUAGGUCUAAACUUCAUGAGUGUCCUAAGUGUGGGAAAAUAUUUAGUCAACGUUCAACUAUGAAAACUCACAUGAUGGUGCAUGUGGGUGAUAAGCCUCAUGAGUGUCCUGAGUGUGGGAAAAAAUUCAGUAAACUUGGAACUAUGAAGACUCACAUGAGGGUGCAUAUGGGUGCUAAGCCUCAUAUAUGUCCUGAGUGUGGGAAAAGCUUCAAUCAUCUUGGAACUAUGAAGAGGCACCGAGUGGUACAUACAGGUGAGAAACGUCACGAAUGUCCCGAAUGUGGAAAAACAUUUAGUCAACUUUCAACUAUGAAAACUCACAUGAUAGUGCAUAAGGAUGAUAAGCCUCAUGAAUGUCCCGAGUGUGGGAAAAGAUUCAGUCUUCCAGGAACUAUGAGGAGGCACAGGAUGGUGCAUAUUGGUGUUAAACCUCAUGCAUGUCCUGAGUGUGGGGAAAGGUUUAGUCAGCUUGGAACUAUGAAGAGACACAUGAUGAUUCAUACAGGUGCUAAACCUCACAAGUGUCCUGAAUGUGGGAAAUCAUUUAGUCGUCUUACACACAUGAAGAGACACAGGAUAGUGCAUACAGAUGAAAAGCCUCACGAGUGUCCUAAGUGUGGGAAAAGAUUCAAUCAACUUGGAAGUGUGAAGAUUCACAGGAUCGUGCAUACAGAUGAUAGACCUCAUAUAUGCCCUGAGUGUGGGCAAGCAUUUCGUCGUCUUGGACACAUGAAGAGACAUAGGAUGGUGCAUAUGAAUUUGGAAUAA